AUGUCGCUGCCUGUGGAUACGAUACUGGGCGUUGCCGGCGUCGGUGUCGGCCUUCCAGGGCUGGUCCAGUCGAUCCUCCAGUCAACAGCAUUACUCCGGGAUAUAUAUCACUCCUACCUCCAAGGAUACCCUGACGCAACCGGCUCAUGGGUCAUAUUGAGCAAUUCACUCGCAUGGGUCGAGGAAGAUUCGGAGUUCUUGACACGGAACUCUGGGUCUCUCACCAUCGACAUUGAGCUCAGGCUCAAGGGCAUCCUGUCCGAGUUAAAUCGCAGCCUUCAGAAUGCAGUCGAGGUUUUCAACCGCGCCAUAGAUAGGGAGGGCUCUGUCAACCGGCUUCGCUGGGCGGCGGAUGUGAAACCGCGACUCGAUACGCUAAUCCCUCACCUGGAGGCCUGGCAAAGACGGUUCAACGAGAUUGUUCAGAUGCUCUACUUCACUGGGAAAUGCUCCAAUAGAGACAGCACUGGCGGGAUCUCGAGGGCAGAGAGGCUGAGCAGCAGAAUCUUGCAAGCUCGGAUAUCGGAAACAGUGCAGGAUGAUCUUGAAAUACGGCCUGUUGUAGACGCGGACGGGUGGUCGAAGGCAAUCGGACAGGCCUCGAUGAAAACGGUACUCUACGAGAACGAAGAUACGGGAACCCGAUGCCUUAUAGAACGUCACAAAUAUGGGGAGGAAAGGUCAACAUCCGAAGUCAAGGCUGCCACAAACUUGGUCACACGCAUUCUUGCUGCUGCCGGGAUGGAACCCCAGGAGACUCAUCUGCUCCAGGCCAUUGGCUACUCGCAUUCCGCUCACCCCGCGCGCGAGAUCGAUCUUGUAAUGAAGUGCCCUCCAAACCUUGGAGCCCCCCAGACUUUGCGGAAGCUUUUGGACACCGGAAUGCCCUCUGUCAAUGCGAGGUUGGAAGUGGCGAGACAUGUAGCAACUGCUGUCUUCUAUACCCAUACGAGCGGGCUGGUUCACAAAGCGAUUUGUCCUGAAGCAUUUCUGGUCUUCCAGGAUGUAAAAGAGAAAGUGGCCACAGUGGAAGACCUUAUUCCAGAUCCCGUGGGAACAACUUUUCUGACUGGCUUCGAAUUGGCGCGCGAGGAUUCGCCGUUGGCGUACAGCAGCAUGAAUGGGAACACCGACUGGCAGCAAUGCAUGUACUUGCAUCCGUCUCGACACCAAGGAGGAACGAGAUAUACACUUGGCCAUGACAUCUAUUCUCUGGGGGUGAAUCUUUUGGAAAUUGGGAUCUGGUCAUCCUUCACAUGCUAUGACACGCAGCAAGAGAAAUUCGUCUUCGACGAUGAGGUGCUUCAAGGGGGAGAUUACAUCUGUGAUGAGAUUCGCCAAGGCAUCCACAAUGCGGGGCAUAGAUUAAAAAGCCUCUAUGAACGCCACGCCAACGAUGUCCUUCCUGUGUACAUGGGAAGACGAUAUCGAGACGUCGUUAACUUCUGUCUGACCAUCAUGGACGAUGCCCCAGGCGGUUCUGAGAAGCGUCUUGGCAACGGACCGGAGGAAGAGAGACUGGGACUAAGCUAUAUCGACAAGGUGUUAGGAGAAUUGGACGAGAUAAAAGUUUGA